UCUCGGGCCCGUCUGCCUCUCUCCAUCAACCGGCGGUGGUGAAGCUAUCCAACACCUAAGGACCAAGAGCGACCGCGAGAGCAGCUACUCGCAUCCAGUUGAGAGGAGAGACAUGGACUCGCUUCGCCACCUACUCAAGAAAAAAGUGGACUUCGUGUCCUCGCCCGAACACGACGGCAACCCCCCCACGGACGAGCAGCUGGCGUCGUUCCUGAGGAACCUGACCACGGAGACCGGGCUCGCCCUCCGUGGAACUCCGCCGGGGGUCCGGGAGGUCGUGAGGGAGAAGUUUGCCGAGGCCGGGUGGGACGUGCGCAGCAACACGGCUACGAGGGACGAGCCCCCCACCGUCGACGAGCUACAAGCCUUCUUGGAGGGGACCAUCGAAGCUCUUGAGACGUUCGACCCUCCUGUUGAACCGACCGAAGAAGAGUUGGAGGACCCCGCACUGGCAUGCCAGCGUCUGUGGGAUCUGGACACGAACCGCCUGACACCAGAGGACGAGUAUUCGAUCAACCUGCAGAGCGGGAAGAAGCCUUACCAAGAGGGGGACCGUGCCAGCGACCCCCUCUUCAACUACGUCAAGGACUGCGUCUUCGAGAAGCCCACCUACUCGGCCUUCCUCAAGCUCUUGGACAACUACACGGCGGCGGUCGGCACCGGGGAGGUGGUAACCGGCGAGGAACGGCAGGAAACCGUCGACUUCAUCGAGGCGAUCAUGUCCACGCCCUGCAUGCGCUACGCCCACGCCUACCUGGUCUCCAAGGGGCAGGCGCCGGAGUCUGAAACCGAUUUCAAGAACCUGCUGCACCAGACGUGGUUCGCCAUGUACAGCAGGAGCCGUGGUUCCGAUGACAGCUCGGGGUUCGAGCACGUGUUCGUGGGAGAGAGCAAGCGUGGCGAGAUUACGGGUCUUCACAACUGGAUCCAGAUGUACUCGGAGGAAAAGAGUGGCCGCCUGGACUACAUGGGCUAUAUCUUCCCCCGCAAACGCGGCUACGAGGACACCCCGGCUGAGACGGAGCAGCUCGUCACCGUACAGUUUGAGUGGAACGGUGAGCUGAAGGAGAUCAGCUCUUCCUUCGUCGGCGUGUCGCCGGAGUUUGAGAUCGCUCUCUACACGCUGCUCUUCUUGCUCGACCAGGAGAAGACGAUCGUGGAUUGCGGCCCGUACAGGGUGCAGGUGACGACGUACAUCUUCCGUGAGGACGGGAAGAAGUACAUCGGAUCGGCAUUCCCUGGCGAGGGUUAGAACGACAACCAAGUUCACCAUGUCAUGGACGUUUUUUUUUUACAAGAUCGCCCUGCGCUCAAAAAGGAAAUAAUUCGAUUUUUUAGAGGCGGAAAACGGGGUUGUUUUUUGUUUGUGUUUUGUUGACACCUUGCUGAACGUCGGGCUUCCCUUGUGGCGAGUUUUUGUUUUUUCAUUGAAGAUUUUUGUCGAGACCCCUGUGCGCUAAAAACGGAGAAUAACUCGUUUUUUCAAGAGGCGCUAGUGGUUUGAUUUUUUGUUGAGACCUUGCUGAGCGCUCCCGUCUGGCGAGAUUAUGUUGUUGUCCCUUGCGCGUGUGCUGGGGCUAGCACUAAUCAUGUGAUGCCCUGUUGAAUAUCCGACAACAUGUGCCUCUACCUUUGAAGAUGCUCCUGCUCCGGCCGCAUCACCAAGCCGCAACGCUGAGGACGUCGAAACCUCCCUCUAUCGCUGUGCGCCCCUCUUGUUGGACCGGACUUGGUCCAAGCUACCUCUUUUUACGAUAGCUCCGCGCGUCAGCUGGUCAAGGCUUGCUCACGAGAAAGCUACAGUAGUAAGGACUCAGUUUAACCAGUCUCGUGCUUCACGAGAAGACGCCGAAAAUUACAACCUAAAACAGACGCUAUGGAACCCUCAACAAGGAGAAUGAACAAACGGCCAUACCAGCAAAUGCAAAUCAGCAGCAGCAGCAGCAGUACCGUCCCUCGAAGACCGGUACGAUCCCCGCUACCACCCUACACCUAAAACACGGCCGUCCAGAUAUGUGUUUUUGUCAGCAUCGACCGCGCUAAACCGACCGAACAACAGAAAGGCGGUAGUCUAGGAGCGGUUUGAAAGCAGUAGUCGAUUCUCAAGGCCAUCUUAUGAUCCGAGACCCCAUGAGGGGGAGGCAAAGCUCCUCGCUGAGUCUGUGUUACUACCAUCGACCGCACGCUAACCGGCUGAGCAAUGAUCGACGUCAGUCAUAUUGCGGUUGAUCGCGCCAACCAGCUGACCAAUGAAAAGACAUCAUCAGUCUCAAGUGCGGUUGAA